AUGAGUGCUUUGGAGACCCCUGGGAUCUGGUACCAAACACGGAAGCCGGUCUUGCAAUCGGCUUCUCUGGAGUACUACGACCUUGGCAAAUUCCAUCGCACGGUCAGCACCACCAGCAAAGAUGCACAGGCCUGGUUCAACCGAGGCCUGAUCUGGGCAUAUGCCUUUAACCACCAAGAGUCGGUGCGCUGCUUCGAACAAGCGGGGAUGGCGGAUCCUACGUGCUCCAUGGCAUACUGGGGGAUCGCCCUUUCUUUGGGUCCCAACUAUAACAAACCGUGGAAACUCUUCGACGGAGAAGAUCUCUCAACCACCACGACUCGUGCUCACAGUGCGGUGCUUUUGGCGAAGAAACAUGCGGCUACGGCAGCACCCGUGGAGCGGGCUCUGAUUGAUGCACUACAAUACCGCUAUCCGCAGAACGAGCCUGUCGAUGAUUGUACAGAGUGGAAUCAUCAGUACGCCCAGGCCAUGGAAUCAGUGUACCAGAACUUUCCAGAUGACCUGGACGUUGUGACUCUCUAUGCCGAUGCACUAAUGAACUUGACACCUUGGAGUUUAUGGGACCUCAAAACCGGCCGACCUUCCUCCGGCGCCCGAACUCUCGAUGUGAAGAAAGCGCUCGACCGCGCUCUGACUCGGGACAACGCACUCCAACACCCAGGUCUCCUACACUUGUACAUCCAUCUCAUGGAAAUGUCUGCCACCCCGGAGACCGCACUCCCAGUAGCAGACUACCUCCGAGGCCUGGUCCCAGACGCAGGCCACCUAGAGCACAUGCCAACUCAUCUAGACAUUCUAUGCGGCGACUACCGCCGCGCAGUAGCAUCGAAUACCUCUGCCAUCCGCGCAGACGAGAAGUUCCUAAGUAAUCAGGAAUUGGGACAUUUCUAUAAUCUCUAUCGCUCGCACGACUACCAUUUCCGGAUGUAUGCUGCUAUGCUGGGCGGCCAGUCGAAGAUUGCCAUUGAUACUGCUACACAACUGGCAGAGUCUAUCACAGAGGAUCUUCUCCGUGUAGAGUCACCCCCUUUAGCUGAUUGGCUUGAAGGGUUCAUAGCGACGCGCGUGCAUGCUCUUGUCCGCUUUGGUCGCUGGGAGGAUAUCAUUGCGCUUAGCAUUCCAAUGGACCGAGUUCUAUAUUGUACUACCACGGCCAUGACUCACUAUGCCAAGGGGGUAGCUUACGCUGCUACUGGCCGUGUCGAUGAUGCAAAGAAGGAGCAAACCAACUUCCAGGCGGCUAUGAAGCUAGUACCUUCUUCCCGAACUAUCUUCAACAAUACCUGCGUCGAUAUCCUCGGCGUCGGGGAGGCGAUGCUUGACGGUGAAAUCGCAUACCGUAGUGGAAACUACGACUAUGCAUUUUCCCGUCUGCGGGAUGCAGUGGACCGCGAUGAUAAUUUACCCUACGAUGAACCUUGGGGCUGGAUGCAGCCUGCUCGGCAUGCUCUGGGUGCACUAUUGCUGGAACAGGGACGUGUCGAGGAGGCGAUGGGUAUCUAUGCUGCCGAUCUGGGUAUCGAUGAAUCGUUGCCUCGUGCACUGAGACAUAUCAAUAAUGUUUGGGCUUUGCAUGGUUACCAUGAGUGUCUUUUGAGAGUCGGUAGGGCUGCUGAGGCGCGGAUUCUGGCACCACAGCUGAGGCUGGCUUUGGCUAUGGCGGAUGUACCUAUUAGAUCGUCUUGCUUCUGUCGCAUUGAGACUGAGAGCUAG